CCAACAUCAAGGUGGAAGAAGGGGUUCGAAUUAAUGACUGAUUCUAAACUUGCUGGAUCUGUAAAUCAGCUCUCGAUGUCUUCAGGCUCGGCGCUCCCAAACAGUGCGAACCCUGGACGUCAACAGUUGCUGAAACUAGCAGUUUCUAAUCAACGUCAGGUGAAUUACCCUGUGACAAAGAAGGACAGUAGAGGAUUAGAAAAUAAACGUUAUUCUUCUAGCAAGCAACAAGAUGAACCAAUUGCAGGUGUUCCUUCACCGAUGGGGCCUCAAUGGCGGGAUUUUCAUAUAGGCAUGUUUGAAAUAGGAAAACCACUUGGGAAAGGAAAGUUUGGAAGAGUUUAUUUAGCAAAGGAAAAGAAAACAGGAUUUAUAGUUGCUUUGAAAACGUUACAUAAGUCCGAACUCAUCCAUUCAAGAAUUGAAAAACAGGUGAGAAGAGAAAUUGAAAUUCAAUCAAAUUUGAGACAUAAAAACAUCCUUCGUUUAUUUGGUCAUUUUCACGAUGAAAAAAGGAUUUUUUUAAUACUGGAGUUUGCCGGAAGAGGAGAAUUGUACCAGCAUCUUCGAAAAGCAUCUCGAUUUUCAGAAAGUACAGCUGCUAAAUAUAUCUAUCAAAUGGCAAAUGCUUUAGCCUAUUUACACAAAAAACAUGUUAUUCAUAGAGAUAUUAAGCCUGAAAAUAUACUACUUGGAAUUGACGGAGAAAUCAAGCUAUCGGAUUUCGGAUGGAGUGUACAUGCACCUUCCAAUCGCAGGACAACCCUAUGUGGUACUUUGGAUUAUCUUCCUCCUGAAAUGGUGGAAGGCAAGGAACACACUGAGAAGGUUGAUUUGUGGUCCCUGGGAGUGCUUACUUAUGAAUUUAUAGUAGGAGCACCUCCCUUUGAAGACGUAUCUGGUCACUCGGCCACGUACAGAAGAAUAGCAAAGGUGGAUUUGAAAAUCCCUAGCUUUGUAUCACCGGAAGGGAAAGAUUUAAUUAGUCGUCUGCUGCGACAUAGUCCUGAACAGCGAAUUUCCUUAGAGCAGGUUGUCAAGCAUCCUUGGAUACUCAAAUUUAAAGCGUCUUGGAAUUCCGAUCAAUGAAUAGAGACCAACAACAAACCCCUUAAAGGUUGAUUCGGUAAUUUUGUGCGGCAUUCGUCAAAACCUCCUUUGGUCACUUAAUUUAUUUCACUUUAAUAACGAUUUUUGAUACUUAUUUUCUAUGAAUGCUAGUAUUUCCUUUUAUAUAUAAUUAAUCUUGGUGUAAAUGAUAUUAAAUUUUGAACAUUCUAGCCAAAGAAAAGGAAGGGAGCGAAGGAAGAGGAAGUAUAAUGAAAUAAAAUAAAGAUUUAUCCA